GUUUUGGACAUUAUAUGUCAAGUUUUGUGUGACUUUGAGCGUGUGUGACCCGUUUGUGCCUUUCAUGAUAAGUGGGACAAUGUUUCUGCCUCUGACAUGCAUCAACAUGAGUAAAAAAAAAAGAAAAAAAACAAUGUUUUUUUGUUCGGGGCAAUGAAUUACAAUCAUUUUCAAAAUGUUUUUUUGGGAAUCUAGUGAGAUGGACAGAAAGAAGAUUGCAUAUAAAAGGGAGUGGUCAAGAGCUUUGUUCAGACAACUGUGAGCCUGUCCUUGGAGGUUUUGUUGCUCAUACUUGGCUCAUUUGUUUCCCUCAUUACGGGUGUAAGACUAUUUGGAGACCUUGUACUUCUACUACAAUGAUCAAGCUGGCGUGCAUUGCCAUUGUGGCUGGACUGGUUUUUGUUGAACCAAAGGAGGAAAACCAAAUUCAUUCACGGUCUUCAGGGUUUUCUAAAAGGCCACCUCCAGAAAGUCUGCCAGAGCCAGAAUUGGACAUCUACUCUUCUGUUCCCAUUCAAUGUUGGACACAGUGGUUCAACAGCGAUAACCCAACUGGAGACGAAGACCAGGAAACUCUAGCCAGACUUCGGAUACAAUACCCUGGAAAAAUCUGUCCCAUCCCUGUAGGAAUUGAAGCAACAAAUCUGUUUGGGAUUCCUGCUGACCAAACAGGAGAUACGAUCUUUCAGAGUGACACAACCACAGGAUUUAUCUGCAGAAACGGGGACCAGAUAAGUGGAGAGUGCAAUGACUAUAGAGUGCGUUUCAGCUGCACUCCUCCUUACUGUGCUGACACAGCUUGCUGGACCCAGUGGUUUGACCGGGACAAUCCCUCCGGAACAGGUGACUGGGAGACUUUGCAAAGCCUCCGAAGGGAAAACCCGGACAAAAUUUGUGAAGACCCCUGGUACAUUGAGGCAGUCACCGUGGACUCCCCUUCUACUCCUGCCAUCCAGACAGGGGAGAACUUCUACGUGUUCAGUCCAACUCAGGGCCUUGUUUGCCGCCAGGAAGAUCAGAGCUCUAAAACAUGCUUGGACUACAAAGUCCGGUUUGGAUGCCCGUGUACCAAGUGAACCUUCACUUCAAGCUGAUGAAAAGGGCAGAAAAAAAGGGGGAACUUCAUGUUAUCCAUUAAUCUCUUCAAUGCCUCUACUUUGUUCUUCCUUAAUCCAAGUUUCACUUUCCAAUCCAACCAGGUCUGACCCUUUCACUGUUUUUUUUAAACAUCACCAGGAAGAAAGUUGUCAUCAAUUCCAACCUUAAAAUGAGGCUCCAUCAUUGAAACAUGUCUACAUUUGCAAUCAAAAAUACUUGCUUCAAAAAGAAUCAACAAAGUAAAGCCUUGCCACGUCAUCGUUUCAGGGUCUUUCCCAUAACUUGUGCAUGCUUCAAAACUUUGAACUAUAAAAAAAAAAAAGAAAAACACAUUAUGCAAAGACACUGAAAUGCAAUGUAACAGGGUCCAAUUGUUAGGAUUAUUUUUAACAGACUUUGCAAGCUUCACGCUUCUUCUUAUUAAAUGGAGUCUUGUGCAAACGGGGACUCCUCGUGUUAUUAUAUUUGACAUGAAUGGCAGUGUCCCAGAAUAAAUAGACAUUUUGAAAUGUAUCUGCGUGUUGCUGAAUAUUCCUGAAAAAUGCUGCAGAAUUUAUUAAGCCAUAUACAGUAUAUAUCUGUGGAUAAAAAAUGGAAACAAGGUGGUAGAAAUAACUGCUAAUUUUCAGUGGUUUGUUAGAAAAAGACUUUUUUUAAACAGUGACUGUUUGAAAAGAAUACAUGGAUUAAAAUGGAUCCUUUUUGAUAAAUCUUUCAAACGCCUGACAAUCCAGCUGCUAAAUUCAUUUCAACCCUGUUUUUUUAAUGUAUUUCCCAUUUUUCCUUCCUGGUAUAUGGGUAAAAAUGACAUAUUUUGUUCUCUUGUUGUGUAUUUUCUGUUGGCAAUUAAAAUCCGCAAUUAAAAUAUGAUUGAAAAGCAAA